AAUAUAUUCCUAAUGCUUUGUAUUACAGCGAUAUAUUCAAGAUAUUUUAUUCACUUGGUGAUGUUUUUAUUUAUUUGGUAAUAAAAAUUAAGGAAUAAAUAUGCUAUAAACAAAUUGAGUUAUCGAAAUAUACUUUGGGAACCAUUGUUUUCGAACUCGAUUUAGUUGAGGUACUAAACACGCGGAGCGCUUAAGACAAUACCUGAAUGAUUAACAAGGCAGUGGCCAAUCUAUUAGUAUACUUGUUCAAAGUUGUAAUUAAGUAUUUAAUUAUGCCUAAAAGAGUAAAAGUUUCUAGAUCUACGAUUCGACACACAAAUAGUAAUUUUUCUCCACCAAGAACUGGUAGAAGUUCUGAUUAUUCCACAGUACCGCUUAGAUCAAUAAGCGAUAGUGGUACAUCCAGAAGAAUAUCGCCUCAUUCAGUAACUACUACUAAACAAACUAAUGGAAGCUCAAGGCAUGGACACCAUAAUCAGAGAUCUAUGCAUACGGAAAAUCCUCCAUUAAUGAAUAAUGAUGAUGAGUAUAAAAAAUUAGAUUCAUCAAUGUCAGUAUUUAGAGAAAAUGGGAGUAUUUUAAAACCAGAUCUAGAAGAAAAUACACAAAUUGUAAAACAUUUUGUUCCUUCGAUUGAUAGAUAUCACCUAUCUCAAAAUGUUCCUGAAAAACCUAUAUUUAGAGGUCCUGAAACUGAUGUUUUACAUGAUUUGGAAAAAGAUAAACUUAAAUCAAUACGAAUUCAAAUGAUUAGGGCAGAUGUGCAACAAACUGAUUCAUACCGUAAAGCAUAUGUAGUUGAAGAUCAUGUACCUAGAGUGAAAGGGGAGAAUCAUCAACACUUAGAUGACCGAAAAACUCAUUUUGAUUCUAGCCCUGUUCAUUAUGAUCAUGUUGAAAAAUGUUAUGGAUUAAGCCCUUGUAGACAGUCACAUGAUCGUAGUUUAUCCCCUUUAUUGAAUAAUCGACCUCCUUCUCCUCCUUUGCCGUACUCUCCGAAUUUAGAUCGUUUUGUGGAUUCUGAUAUUGUUCAUAGAGAACCAAUAAAUUCAAGAUCAGAAAAUGUUCAUGGUCGGGCUAGUAAAAAGAGACACGAAAACUUUUUAGAACAGCCCAAGACCAUUGUACUACCCUUACUAAAAGGAAAACGAGUAUAUUUAGCUUAUUUUUUUUUAUCACGAGAACUUAAACAUAAUUAUUUGUCAAAUGUAGUCAGAAAACAUUACUCAAAAAAUAAUUUAAUAUUUUUUUUGAAUGUAUAAUAUUUUUUAUACUCAAACAUUUUUAACAAUAAUUAUGUCAUAAGUGAUA